UAUACAUACAGUAAAUAUAUAUACAUAUAUAUAUAUGUGUGUGUAUAUUCUGGUAAUCUCCAAAGACAUCCGGAGGAUAUCUCAGGGAAAUAUAAAAAAGUUACAUAGGAAUAGAGUUGAGAGCAGAAAACGGGCUCUUCUUGACUGGGUGGUGGAGAGUUGUCGUCCUGGAAGUCAAAGAGUGAGAUGGAGAAGAUCAUGGAGGGGUUGAACAUUAAGAAGACUCUGCAUUCAGUGAAGAAAUACAUCGUCCUCUCCUUUCUUUGUCUUCUCCUGCUGUGUAUUUACACUGGAUACUUGAGUGGACCCCAGGCUCUAACAACCAUGAAUCACACCAACUUCUGGAACCAUAGCGUCAGCGGCAGCAGAAAUGUGACCAUCUUGCUGUGGUACUGGCCCUUUGGCUAUGUAACGUCCCUGCAGGGUGACGUGUGCUGGGACCUCUACCACAUCCCUCGCUGUAGACUGGUGGACCAGCACUCCAUGUUCUCAUCAGCUGAUGUGGUGGUCUUCCACAACAGAGAGCUGAUUCAGGGCAUCCAGAAGUUGCCCUUAGACCUUCCACGGCCCCAGGGCCAGAGGUGGGCCUGGUUGUCCCUUGAGUCACCUGCUAACAAUGGAAACUUGCAGCAGUAUGCAAAUAUCUUUAACAUGACCAUGACCUACAGGAGGAAUGCUGAUAUCAUUUUGCCCUAUGGCAUGCUGGUACCUCAGGAGACUGAGGGACAACUGGUAGAAGAUGUCACUCAGAACAAGAGCUCUCUUGUCUGUUGGGUGGUCAGUAACUAUCAGAGCCACCACAGGAGAAGCCAAGUGUACCAUGAGCUCCUCUCUGUGGUUCCUGUGAAGGUUUAUGGAAAAUGGACAAACACAAAUCUCCCCAGCAGUGACCUCUUACCUACAAUCUCACGCUGCUACUUCUAUUUGGCCUUUGAGAACUCUGUUGCCAAAGAUUAUAUCACAGAGAAGCUGUGGUGGAACGCUUAUCAAGGAGGGGCGGUACCUGUUGUCCUGGGUCCAUCAGUGAGCGACUAUAAAGCUGUGGCUCCGCCUAAUUCUUUCAUCCACGUUGAUGACUUUGCAUCUGUAAAAGAUUUGGGCAGGUACCUGGUCGAGCUGGCAAAGGACAAGAAACGCUACAGUGAAUAUUUCACCUGGAGACAGCACUGGAAAGUGAAACGGUUGGUAGAAUGGAGAGAGAGACUGUGUAAAAUCUGCGUGCACUAUGACAGUUUACCUCAGCAUAGAGUUUACAGUAAUCUCAUGGACUGGGUCAAUGCUAACUAACUGCGAUCAUCGGUGGAACCUAAAAAAAACCCAAAAACAUACAAACAUUAAUGAGGUGGGGCUGUAAUUCCCCAAGUGUGGGCCCUGGCUCCCCAGGCAGAGGACACAUUUUAAAGUGAGAGCUUCAGAAAUACAGAUGGUACUUCUCUGUUUUAAUACUAUAUGGGCCUGAGGUGGAUAAAAACAAGGUGUAAAUUAAACCAUACGUUUGCAUUCA